GGUCUAGUCCGCUCUACUUUUUAUUUCUUUAAUAAAUUUCCAAUAAAAAAGAAGAGCACGUACAGUACAGAUACUACGUACCAUAUUAAGUCAAAGAUGCAAAACACAAACUAGCUAGUUUGUUGCCAACCACUUUAAACAAUAUAACAUUUUUCCAUUACACAAACAAGUUCAAUUGUAGAACAAGCAACAAGCUUAAAGAUUAAACAUGGAUUUGAUCAACUUGAAGCUGGAGAGAUCAAAAUCGUCGAUCCGAAAGCUAGGAAGAAGUAGAAGCACGUUAUUAGCCUCAGAGUUAAUUCCUUGUGGAAUUUCUAGAGAUACUACUUAUGAGAGACUUUCAAAGUCUAUGAGAAAUGUUGAAAUUGUUGAUGAGGACACCUCCAUAAUAAGCCACAAGAGGAAGAAGAAUAAAGCAUGGGUAUUUCUCAUGAGGGUAUUUUCUUUCAAGAAAACGAUAGGGGAUGAAAAUAUCAGUGAAAAAGUUGUUGAUGCUGGGGAAAAGUCGAUGGAAGUGAUGGCUGGGAUUAACAAGGAGAAGAUGCAGUCUUCAUCCUGGGAAAGAGCAGGUGAGACAAUUACACAAAAGCCAGGUGAUCAAGUGUUGGUGGUGGAAAAGAAGAAAAUAAGGCAGCCUACAUUUCUUCCUGAUCCUUACAGACGAUGGCCUGUUCAAGGAUGGCGAUAUUGAAGACUAAAAUUGAUAAUACCCAUAGUAAUGUUUACAUUUAUUUUAAGCAGUUUAGUUCCUCCAUCUCCUCCUAUUUGAUUAUGUUGUCUCAUCUCUUUUGUUUGAAAUAAAAAUUUGAGUAAUUUACACUAGUCAUCUAAAAGGUUCUAUA